AUGAAAGCAAAUACCUGCAUUCAAGAAGUUAUGGGUCGUAACCUGGUCCUAACCAACGCAACCCCCGAAUACGACUCUUUGCCAUGCUCGAAAUACACCACACCCAAAACUGGGGUCUUUGCUAUAUUGCCACAGAGCUGGAUCCCAUAUGCCGAACUCAUGCGACUAGAUCGUCCCGCAGGCUACUGGGCCUUUUACUGGCACUUCGCCAUUGGCCUUGCCUUGGCAGCCAGCAUUGCUUCUCCGAUUCUGUCGCCGCUGACUCUCAUCUCUCUGUUUGUCUUCUUUGCAGUCUGGGUCAUUGUACUGCGCGGAGCAGUCUGUACCUGGAACGACACUCUGGACCAGGAUUUCGACCGCAAGGUGACUAGAACCCGAAAUCGUCCCAUUCCACGGGGCGCCGUCUCCACGGUCCAGAGCCAUCUCUUCACGCUCGCCCAGAUAGCCGUUGGAACGGCGCUGCUCCUUCCUUUGCCGCGGGGUUGCAUGUAUCAUGCUGCACUCAUGACCGCUAUCCUGCUGGUGUAUCCUCUAGGGAAGCGAGUCACGGAUUUCCCGCAGGUCAUAUUGGGGAUUGCGUUCGGCAUGCCUAUCUUCCUUUGCGGUGCGGCUCUAGAUGCCGAUCCUCUUCCACUGUCGGGCUUGCAUCGUUUUGAAACUGAGGCACAUGAUCUGCGCCUGGUUGCUGGGGUGUGUUUCUACAUAGCAAGUAUCCUGUGGACGGUCAUUUUCGACACUAUCUACGCACACCAGGAUGCCAAAGACGAUGCCAAGGUGGGCGUCCGGUCGUUGGCUGUUCGCCUUGGUGACCGCACGAAGCAGGCAUUGUCUGUUCUCGCGGCAGCACAGGUGAUGUUGCUGUUUGCUGCGGGUGUGGCAUGCAAUUUCUCGGCAAUCUAUUUUGCAGGCAGCUGCAUCGGAACAGCAGUCUCUUUGGCUGCUUUGCUAUGGUUUGUGGAUCUGCGGCACUCGGCGAGCUGCGGGUGGUGGUUUUUUCCGGGCUCUCACCUUGUAGGUGCGAGUAUAGUCGCUGGGCUGCUGGGGGAGUAUUGCUUCAGGUCUUAG